AUGGCCUAUCUACACCAGAGCCUUUUUGCUGUGCUUAGUCUUGUUGCCUUGGCUUGCUCGCAGCAAAAUGAUCCCAUUCAGUCCUUCUGUCGCCGCUGGGGCCACGCGACCGCGCACGUCGACUCCAAGCUCUACAUCGAUGGCGGCAUGAUAGCAUCCGAUCCAUUCGCCUCGAACCACUCCAAUCCAUGGCUUUUGUUCAGUGACUUGAACUCUUCGACCGUCCAGGCCGGCAUGCCCCAGCAAUAUGCCAAUCUAUCCAAGCCUGGCAACAUCCCGAGCGUUUCGGGCGGCUACAUUUGGGCCGACAAUACAAACAAGUGCUUCUAUCAGUUUGGCGGAGAAUACCCGGCCGGCGCCAGCCCUACCGACUUCAGCAUGUGGACCUACGAUGUGCUUCUCAACCAAUGGAAUAGCACCGACACGACCGGCGACAAGAACAUACAGCGAGUGUCAUUCGGCGCUGGAACACAAGUGGAAGAGCGUGGAGUUGGCUUUUACUUUGGUGGCUGGAUCAGCAAUCAAACAACAGUGGGCUGGCAAGGCCCACGUAUGGCGACAAACGGUCUUGUCCAAUUCGACAUGUCCUCGGGCGAACUGAAAAACAUGAGUGGACCCGACAAUACAGGACGAGCCGAGGGACAGCUAAUCUACCUGCCCGUAUCAGAUAGCGGUGUACUCGUCUAUUUCGGCGGCAUCGAAGACACUUAUCGCAAUGGGAGCUUUGAUGCAACGAUACACAUCUAUGAUAUGGCUUCAUCCAAAUGGUAUACGCAGACGGCCUCAGGCAACAUACCUCCCACACGAAGACAAUUCUGCGCAGAUGUUACUUGGGCGGAUGAUAAGUCAUCUUUCAACAUUUACCUCUACGGAGGUUAUGGCUUUGGGGAUCAUCCUGCGUACGAUGAUGCCUUUCCUGCUGGCAACAGCACAGCUCCCAGUCCGGUUGGCCAUGGAGGCUGUAGCGCGAAUGCCAUCAACCGUGUACAAAUGUUGGUCAUCGGCGGCUGGUUCCCUGUCUACGACAAAUGCGAUGCGCCAGAAGGCCAAGGCCAGCAUAACAUGGUAUUAGGGUACAAUGGCGAGGAUGCGAAGCUUUGGGACAAAUACCAGCCCCAGAUUCAUCAAUAUGUUGUGCCUUCGCCUAUCAUUGCCGCGAUUGGAGGAGGGCCAACUGGAGGUGCUACCAAAACUGCCCCCCAGCAAUGGGGACAUCCUGAUCUAGCAACCUACUACACUUUGAAGCCUUCCUUUGCAGCCAGGUCAGCCACUCGUCUGAUUCCUUCGCCUACGGGCUCUCUGUCAUCCGAUGGGGACAAGAAGACCAAUGUUGCCGCUAUUGCCGGAGGCGUUGUCGGGGGUCUUGUGGGCCUCAUUGCCAUCCUAUGCCUCAUAUUGUUCUGCCUACACCGCCGCAAGAAAGCUUUGAAAGAAAAAAGAGAAAAGGAGGGUGAUGCUAGCAAUGCUCCUCCGCCACCUCCACCUGCUGAGCUGGCAACAACGAUCCCACAGGAGUUGGCCGCCUCGGAGGCUAACAAGUAUGUACCCAUCAACCAGAUCGACUCUCCCGCCCUGGCCCAAUAUCCGGAGCACGCUCAACAGCACUCACAUUCGAAUAGCCAUGACUACACCUCUGCAUAUCCCGCCCAAGGCCCUCCAUCCUACGGGCACACACCCCCAUACACAUCGCCUGUAGUGCCAGCCAGCCAGAUGUCCCCGCGCGGAGACCAGACCUUUUCAGACAUGGACGGCUCACACACGUCUCCAUCGACUGCUUGGGGUACGCACGCCGAGUUUCCGUCACCUGGACCAGGCCAUGAAGGCCAUUAUUCGUAUCCUACUCCCGUUACACCACGGCAGCCCUCGGCCGAUUUCAUACAACCGCACGCGCCCGUAUACUACCCACACCCUGGUGCAGCGGCAGCACACGGACAACCACCUCCGACUAAUUUUGCCGAAGAAGGUGGAAACUUCCACGUACAACAAUAUCAGAGUACUAGUACUACGAACACACCUACACAAUUCUAUUCUCAGCCGGUACAAUCAGGAUCGCCGGGAAGGAUAAGCGAAAGGCGUGGGCCUGUUCAAGGGAAAUUCAUGGAAGAAGAGCACAUGUGA